UGAGCCGGGCGCCCGCGCCCAGUGCCCCGCGCCCCGCGCCCCCAGCCCGUCCCGGCCGAGUCCGCCCGCGCGCCUCGCGCCGCGCUCCUGGCUCGUAGGUCCGGACUUCGGGCUCGCCGCUCCCCGGCCGGCUUCGCGCCCCGCACCUCGGCGCCCCGCGCCCCGCGGGCGGAGCGCACCAUGCCGCAGCUGGACUCCGGCGGGGGCGGCGCGGGCGGCGGCGACGACCUCGGCGCGCCCGACGAGCUGCUGGCCUUCCAAGACGAGGGCGAGGAGCAGGACAAGAGCCGCGACAGCGCCGCGGGCCCCGAGCGCGACCUGGCCGAGCUCAAGUCGUCGCUGGUCAAUGAGUCUGAGGGCGCGGCGGGCGGCGCGGGGGUCCCGGGGGCCGGCGCCGGGGCCCGCGGCGAGGCCGAGGUCGGGGCCGAGGCUCUCGGGCGGGAACACACUUCGCAGAGACUUUUCCCCGACAAACUUCCAGAAUCUCUGGAGGACGGCCUGAAGGCCCCGGAGUGCGCCAGCAGCAUGUACAAAGACACCGUCUACUCCGCCUUCAAUCUGCUCAUGCACUACCCGCCCCCCUCGGGAGCGGGGCAGCACCCCCAGCCGCAGCCCCCACUGCACAACAAGGCCAGUCAGCCUGCCCAUGGCGUCCCCCAACUCUCUCCUCUUUAUGAACAUUUCAGCAGCCCACACCCUACACCUGCACCGGCCGACAUCAACCAGAAGCAAGUUCACAGGUCUCUGCAGACUUCUGACAUCUCUGGCUUCUACUCUCUGACCUCAGGCAGCAUGGGACAGCUCCCCCACACUGUGAGCUGGCCCAGCCCUCCUCUCUAUCCCCUGUCCCCUUCCUGCGGAUAUAGACAGCACUUCCCUGCCCCCACUGCAGCCCCUGGCGCCCCCUAUCCCAGGUUCACCCACCCAUCCCUGAUGCUAGGUUCCAGUGUACCUGGUCACCCAGCAGCCAUUCCCCACCCGGCCAUUGUGCCCCACUCAGGGAAGCAGGAACUACAGCCUUAUGAUCGAAACCUGAAGACGCAGGCAGAAUCCAAGGCAGAAAAGGAGGCCAAGAAACCAACCAUCAAGAAGCCACUCAAUGCCUUCAUGCUGUACAUGAAGGAGAUGAGAGCCAAGGUUAUUGCAGAAUGCACACUCAAGGAGAGUGCUGCCAUCAACCAGAUCCUGGGCCGCAGGUGGCACGCACUGUCACGGGAAGAACAGGCCAAGUAUUACGAGCUGGCCCGCAAGGAGAGGCAGCUGCACAUGCAGCUAUACCCAGGCUGGUCAGCGCGGGACAAUUACGGGAAGAAGAAGAGGCGGUCCAGAGAAAAACACCAAGAAUCCAACACAGACCCUGGCUCGCCUAAGAAAUGCCGUGCUCGCUUUGGCCUCAACCAGCAGACGGAUUGGUGUGGUCCGUGCAGGAGGAAAAAGAAAUGCAUUCGGUACUUACCCGGAGAAGGCCGCUGCCCCAGCCCCUUUCCUUCCGAUGACAGUACUCUAGGCUGCUCCGGGUCCCCAGUCCCCCAGGACUCACCCUCAUACCUCCUGCUGCCUCACUUCCCUACUGCACUACUUGCUAGCCCUGCGGAACCGGCGCCUACAUCACCAGGUCUCUCUGCGGCACUCAGCCUCCCAGCCCCCUGGGUCCCCACGGGCCCCCAGCAGUGCCCUGCAGAGUACACAGGUACAGCAACAGGAAUUUCGGAGGCAGGCAGCCUAGCAUGCACAGGACACCUGGCCUCCUCCAAGGACCCACUCUUUCAGAAGCAGCAACAGAGCCCCAAAGCACACGGAAACCGAUCAGGGGCCCUAUUAACUCCUUCUUAGGGUCCAGGUGCUGGAGAUUUCAGAGGCUGCACAACUUCUGCCUGAAUCUGGGGCCAACAAUUCAAACUGCUCGGAGUGGUGCAUCAGAUCUGUGUUGUCAUUUGAUUAAGGGCAUCUCCUGUGCCUGUGGCAGCCUGCAUUUUUACCAUCUGUCUUGUUAGUCAGAUGCCCCUGCCUCCUUUCCUUUCCUGCUAUAGAUCAUAGAUGGACUACACUGAGUCAGCUGCUUUCUCUACCCUGCCUCCUCACUGCCCCCUCCACUACCACACCCUCCCAAUACCAGACACCCAUGGACCAAGAAUGAGUUCGUUUAUCAAACAUAUAAGCCUGGUCACAACCACAGUACUCAAGACAACAGUGCUUUUCUCUUGAGGGCCUGGCAAAGCCAUGUUUUACAGAAAAUUAGCUACCAUUUUUAAGCUGGGCCAGAGUAAUCCUGCCAAAUUCUCAGGAGCUUGUAAGUGGAGGGGAUGAACAGGUUAGUUUAAAUAUCACCCUAGGCAACAGAAAAUCCUAACACUACCUUAAUCUGGCUCUCUACUCAAUUACUUGGAAAUGGUUCCUGAGAAACGCAAUCGCCUAAGAAGCCGAUACCAAAGCCCCAAGACCUGUUACUGGUGGCUAUAGUCAAUAGUUCAAAGAAGUUAUGGCCCCAAAUCCAGUGUGCGUCCCUCCCCAUUCUGAGGGCCUUUGUCACAGACCCAUUUCUAGCUUAUCCACCGCUUGGGCAGUGGUGAGGGCAAACCCAACCUUCUGUGACAGCCAAUGUCUAUCUUCCAUGAAACCAGGCCAGCUUCAAAUUUCCUAUGGUUCUGUGGGAAUGAGGACUAUUACCAAAACAAUAAGCCCAGAAAACCUUUAGGGGUAGGCACUGAGUUUUCACCAAAGCCUAAUUUAACCAGUUUAUGAGCCAAGCUUCAACCCUGAGCCUUAAAAAAAAAAAAAAUCUUAAUUUAACCUUUUUUGCCUCCUCACCGUACAUAGCCUGAUUCUAAAGAAAAAAGGCUGUCCCUGUACCCACAUACACCCUACAACAAAUGCCUUUAAUUCCUACUUUAGCCACUGGCUUUUCAGAUUCCAAAGAUCAUGUAUUGUAGUGUAGUGUUGCAGAAAAUUUUGAGAAAAGGACCAUUGUAGUAUUCAAAGUAUUUUUGUAUGUCAUAGAAAACUUUAAACAUGAGAAUAAAGAUACUUUUCCCUGUGUUUUUUUUCUCCUCAAAGCUUGACCUUGAAGAAUAAGCUGUUUUCAGAAAUAGCAUAAUUUUCUUCAUAGCCGUGAAACUUGGGGUUUAUUCUCUACUAUGGUACGCAUGUUAAAGACAACCUACAGAAGCUGGGGAUUACUCCAAUUUCUCCUAAGGGGCUUGGGCCUACCCAGCUCAUGCUGCGUAUAAGCUCCCAUUCCAAGCCUUGCUGUGAACCCACCAACCUUCUGACCUAAAAAUUGGUGCAGUCAGAGGCCUGCCUACUUCCCACCCCCGUAAGAAUGUUGGAAACUGUUAUCCACAGACCGACCCUAAGACAAUCCAACUAGAAAUAGGUGUACAUGACCACCAGGUUCUGUUUUCUCUGAGAGUUAAGAUGAAACUAACCACCCAUAAGUACAGACCCAAUUACAAGGAAAAUAAGUCUUUUUACGUACUGGUAUAAACUCCAAAAAAUAUUUAAUAAAACCCUAUCCUCCCCAAAACUACUAAGGUGCUAGAGGUAUCUCCAUAUUUUUAUAUAUAAAACCUGAUAAUUCUGCAACCUUUUUACACAGCUUCCAUGAAAAUGUUAACUUUAAGACCCAUUAUGAAUGUAAAAAGGGUCAUAAAGCCACCUCAAUAGGUCAGUCAACCAUUAGGUAUACACAGAACUGUAUACAAGCAGCCACUGGGCCACCAUCAUGCAUUGUAAUUGUCACUGAGUUAUAUUUAUUGGACUUUGUGUUUUAAAUAUUUAUAAAGUCAGAGUAGUGUCUAUUUAAAGUAGGCCACUGAGUAUUGUAAUCCUGGAGUUUACAAUGGAAGGGUGUAGAAGAGACCAGCCAUUGACUUGACAUCUGUCCCAUUUAAAGAAUUCCGCUCUGGCUACUGGCCUAGAUGUUUCAAAAAACUACAUUCUAACCAAGGCUUAUGCAAGACUGGGUUACUGCAUCUGAUUAGAUGUCUUAGAGUACACUGGGUACAUGAACAAUGCACUCUUUGUGUAUGUGAGGGUAGAGAGGGAGGCUUUGGCAACAUUGUUAAAAUCAAGCCAGCCUUUU